CCCUCCCUUCUCUCUCUCUCUCACCCACCCACACACACAAAUAAACAAAAGAAAAGUGGGUUCUCUUUCUCUUUAUCUUUCCCCUCUUAUAUUUUAUCCCCCACUCCUCUCUCUCUCUUCCUCUCGUCUCUUCUUCUUUCUCCAGUGGAGAAAUUUUGAGAGAGAAAGAGAGAAGGCCAGAGCCAUGAAGAACACCCUCAGAUGCUGCAUAUCUUGCAUUCUUCCAUGCGGAGCACUAGAUGUAAUCCGGAUAGUACACUCCAAUGGCCAUGUUCAAGAGAUAAGUGGGUCUAUAAAAGCAUCAGAGAUCAUGAAGGCAUAUCCAAAACAUAUAUUAAAGAAGCCUUCAACGUCAUCAGAAGAAGGGAUUUGCCCGAAAAUUGUCAUAGUUCCUCCUGAUGCAGAACUUCAACGUGGGAAAAUUUACUUUCUUAUGCCUGUGCCUUCAGAAAAGACUCGCUCAAAAUCAUCCACGAGGAAGAAGAAGAGAGAGAAUGAAAGAGGUGUGAACAACAAUGUUUCUGUUACAAACUUUCUCAUUUCUGAUCGGUAUUUGACUGAGAUAUUAUCGGAGAAGCUAUCAACUCAGAGGGAUCGGAGGAGGGGCCGUGCCGGUGUAUGGAGGCCUCAUUUAGAGAGCAUUUCUGAGACACUAAGUGAAGUUUAAUGACGGGCACCAUUACACGCACUACACCGAUCGGCGAGUUUAGUUGUGAGUUAUCGACAGAAAUAUCCGUUGAACACUAUUUACUCUAAAAACUUAAAUUUUUAGAAUAGAUUAUGUUCAAUAGGGUUAUGUUCAUUUUCGAAGAUUAUACCUGAGGAUUCCAAAACUGAGUAUUGAACUUCUCACCCUUUUCUCCUCUUUUUUUCCCCUUUUUGUAUAGAAUCAUAGAGAAAAAACUAUGGAAAAAAGUUGUGUUAUUUUGGUUUGAAUAUGUGUUGAUGGCUCUGAACAGUUCUGGUAGGGUCUUGGAAUUGGCAAACAGAUUCAACUGUGUUGCAGUCAAGAGAUUUUUGGUUGUUUUGAGCUUCCUUGAAAGGUUCUGCUUAGUGCAGCAAUUCAUGGAAACCGUAAUUUUGUAAUGUGGGUGUCUAGAGAGAGAGAGAGAGAGAGAGAGUUAUCUGAGGGGAGAGAUAGAGAUUGGUAUUCAGAAAGAUCCCACUGU